AUCAUAGAAGAAUUUUCAUUCCUUUUGGGGUUGAGGGUGAAACUAGUUCCGUACAUCAUUUGCCUUGGACUUGGAGGAACUAAUAACACGUAAUUCUUUAUUGAAUUGAAUAUAAAAAAAUAAAAGAAAAAACAGCACAAAUUAAGUGUGUGACUGCGAGACCUAGAAGAGAGUUUGCUACUUUGCAUCGUUUUGGUUUUUACUUCACUAAUUAGGAGCUCGAUUUCGAGGCAAGUUCGUUUAUAUUGUGCUCAAUGUUUGUGAGACUUAAAAAGUCAAAACAGUUGACGUCGUUUCGAGUUCAUAUGAUCUCGGUCAUUGCACACCUUUCAAAGCACAUCAAUAAAUUCACAAAUCUGCUCCUUCUUGUAUCAAAUGCAAGUCAUCUGAAAUAUAACAGGAAACUGAGGAAGCAAACUUCUGCUGGCUGAUGCAAUCGGUGGUGGACAAGGCCGAGAAAUCAACAGUUUACAGUUUAAUUGGAGCAAUCUAAACCCAUUUCCGAGGGGUCUGCAGGGUGCUGCGCAGGAAAGAAUACUGAAACAAUGUCAUCCAAAUUUUUGGUCUCAUUGCUAUCAUGUUUGAGAAAGGAGGAAAUAGAUACUCAUAGGUCGUCAUUCUUGGAAAAUGGAAGCAUAUUAUUAGAGGAUCUCAUUGCUUCUUGCAAUGGAAAAUCUAAUCCCAUUCGAAAUUACUCUGCUGAUGAACUCAUGAGGGCAACCAACAAUUUUGAUCCUUCUGGCGUGAUGCAACAAGAUUCAUCAUACAAAAUGUUCCAGGGUUUUCUUGACAACCGGUCAGUUAUCAUUAAAAAGUACUACACUGUGCACUGGCUUGCUCCAGAGCAAACUAGGUCUAUAGCAAUUCGAGACAUUGUCAUUUCAAUACAGAUGAGCACCCACAAAAAUGUUUUGAAACUCUUGGGAUGUUGCUUAGAGUUCCCUAUACCAGCUCUGGUCUAUGAAUAUGCAGCGAAGGGAGUUCUCAACUUUGAAGGAGGUUAUGGGAAUAAUGAGUCCCUACCAUGGAAAACUAGAUUGAGUAUUGCAAAGCAGCUUGCAAAUGCAAUUACAUAUUUACAUACUGCAUUUCCCAGGCCCAUUAUUCUCAGGGAUUUAAAACCCAACUGCUUUUUUUUAGACAAUGACUAUGUUCCUAAAAUCUGCAACUUCGCAACUUCCAUAACCAUUCCACCUAUGCAAUCACAUGUUUAUACUGAUUAUUUGAUAUAUACACCUGGGUAUCUUGACCCUACCUACUCGGCUAAUCACCGCAUUUCAGAAAAAACUGAUGUGUAUACUUUUGGUAUUGUAUUACUUGUAUUUAUAACAGGACAGCAAGCCAUGUUAAGAAAUCAGGCAGGAGAAUAUGAGCACAUAAUUCCAUAUGUGAAAUCACAUGCUUCUGGUGGCCAAGUUCAAACCAUUAUGGAUCCUAAAAUAUCUAUGGAGGUAGGGGGAGCUGAGCCAGCACACCAGCAAUUGCAUGAUUUCGUAGCACUGGCAUUGUUAUGCACUCAAGAUAAAAGUGAAGAAAGGCCAGAUAUGAUCGAUGUGGCCAAAGAACUCGUACAAAUUGAGAAUUUUAUCUCGAGUGGCUAGCAACAACAUUGAUUUGAAGUUCAGAAUUAACUCUGUCUCUCAUUUCUUUGUACUUUGGGAUUCAACAUUCAAGUGCACUUGUUUGUUACAUUUGUUAUCAAACUAGAAUUUGACAGCUGCACUUGUUUGUUAUUUGAAACUUGGUUGCUCAUCUGCACUAUAUGAUUCAGCUUUCAUUCCUAAUGUG